AUGGCUUACUUGUAUGUAUGCGUUUUUUUGUUCAUCUUAACUGUUAACAAGAGUGUGAGCUCGAACUGCCCAAGUCGACAAUGGAUUGAGGAAUCUUUGAAUAAUUCAUAUGUUCCGGGCGCAGCAAUUAUUGUCGUCAAUGCGACGCAUAUUCUCUACGAAGAAGCUUUUGGUUAUCACUCACUUUUACCACCGAAAUGGAUCGAUAUCGAACGAUCAAUUUUUACUCUGGCUUCAAUUUCAAAAACAUUCAUUGCUACUGCAGUGAUGCAACUUGUUGAGCAAGAACUUGUGGAUCUUGAUACAGAUAUUAAUCAAUAUUUGUUAGAACCUGAUCAUCGUAUUUUUCAUCCAAAUUAUCCAACAUAUUCGAUCACUCUACGUAAAUUACUCUCACAUUCAUCAUCAAUUGCUGUCGAUGAAAACAUACAAUUAGGUUUAUAUCGAUUAGGAGAUGCUAGUUUCGAAGAAGCAACAUUAGCAGAGAUUUUAUUUAAAAAUGUGAACCCUUAUACAUCGAGCUGGCUACCGAAACCACCGGGUAGUGUAUCUUUCUAUUCGAAUUAUGGUUCGUCUCUUGCUGCAUUAGUUGUCGAAAGAAUGACGAACGUAUCUUUUGAUCAAUAUGUCAAAGAAAAAAUUAUGAAACCACUUCAGAUUGAUAUUACUCAAGUAGGAGUUCGCCUAGCUGAUUUUACAAAUCGUGAAGAUAUUGUCAAACAUUAUGCUUACGCUCUCAAUGCUUCUCAUCUUAAUGCAUGGACUGAAGGAAUGCCACAGUUAAAUGUGACACCAUUUUCAAAUAAUUUUCCAACUUGGCUUAAUAUUCCACUCUUUGGAUUUAGUGCUUAUCCUGCUGGACUCUUUCGUAUGUCAGCUCAAUCUCUUUCUCGAUUUCUUCAAAUGUUUAUAAAUAAUGGAAGUACUGUACUCAGUUCUCGAUCAAUUGCUGAAAUGAAACUAGUAGUCGGCAACGGUCUUAUUCCAUUAUACGAUCCAGAUAAUAUACUCAGUACUGCAGAUAUUCCACAAACAAACUUUGGACUCAGUUGGUAUUGGCAAACAUUAAGCGAUAGACACCGGUAUAUUUGUCAUAGUGGAUCAGUUCCCGGUAGUAGACAUUGGAUGUUGGUUAAUGAACAACAUUCCAUCGGAAUAAUUUUUCUCUCAAAUGCAGAUUCAAAUGUACCCAAUGAUCGGUCGAGACAAUUACAUAAAAGUCUAGAAAGUAUUAUUUUGCCACUGUUUCGUUGUUUUGAAUCAGAAAUGAUCAAGUAG